AUGAGUGCACUUGAUUUGGCUUCCAUCCUCGAUUUUCUAGAAACAGCCAACUUGACGGAGAUCAACUGGACGUGCAGCAACGGUGACUGCAUCACGGUUGACGCGACAACAUGCCCUGGCACGCUCAACAAAAGCGCCCUGCUAUACACCCUGUCCUUCUUCUACAUUUUCAUCUUUGUCAUAGGGCUGGUGGCCAACUCGGUUGUGGUGUGGGUCAACCUCCAAGCCAAAAUGACUGGCUAUGAAACCCACCUCUACAUCUUUAAUUUGGCUAUUGCCGAUCUGUGUGUCGUCAUCACCCUUCCAGUCAGCAUCUUCUUCCUGGCGUGCAUGAGUGUGGACCGCUACCUCUCAGUUGCCUAUUUCACCAAUUCCAGCAAUCGCAAGAAGAAGAUAAUCCGUCGCUGCAUCUGCAUCUUAGUGUGGCUCCUUGCCUUCUCUGCGUCUCUCCCAGACACCUAUUAUCUCAAGACUGUCUCUUCCAACAAUGAAACCUAUUGCCGUCCUGUCUAUCCAGAGGAGAGCUUCAAAGAGUGGUUGAUUGGCAUGGAGCUCAUCUCCGUUGUGCUGGGCUUUCUUAUCCCUUUUCCCAUCAUUGCUCUCUUUUAUUUCCUCCUUGCGAAGACCAUCUCUGCCUCCAGUGACCAAGAGAGGAAGAGCAACGGGAAGAUCAUUUUCUCCUACGUUGUCGUGUUUCUGGUCUGCUGGCUGCCCUACCAUGUAGCUGUCCUGCUUGACAUCUUCUACAGCCUUCAUUUCAUACCUUUCAGUUGUCAGAUGGAGAACUUCUUGUACGCCACUCUUCACAUCACUCAGUGUUUCUCUCUAGUCCAUUGCUGCGUCAACCCCAUCCUGUACAGCUUCAUUAACCGCAACUACAGAUAUGAGCUCAUGAAAGCCUUUAUCUUCAAGUACUCUGCCAAAACUGGUCUCACUAAACUUAUCGAUGCUUCCAGAGUGUCAGAAGCAGAAUACUCUGCUCUGGAGCAAAAUGCCAAAUGA